AUGCCCCACCACGCCGCGCUCAUGGCCCGGCUGGACCGCGCUGGCCAGCGCGAGGCGGCGCUGAAGAUGAUCACCGCCGUGCUCCACGGGGACGUCCCGCUGGUGGACCGCCCGACCGUGCAGCGUCUCCUCGCGCUCUGCGACAGGCUGAUACGCGACCGGGGCGGCGAGGACAACGAUGCUGCUCCUUCCCGACCUGGCGACAUGCAGCACCUGGAGCACGACCCCGACGCGUUCGCGGCGGAGCAGGUCCUGGUAGCGCGCCUGGUGCACCAGGUCGCUGCCCAGGGCCGAGCCCCUCGAUCGGGCACUCCUGAACACGCCCUCCUAGCAUCGGAGGGAUCUGGACUGGUACUGACGUCUUUGGCUCACGUAGGGCCUCUGCGGAGGCCUGGGAGGACUUCCGGACCCUUUCGCGGAGACUUCCGGAGGCACUAG